AAAGAGCUCCACGGCUCACACGCGAGAAGAAAGACUCAGCCGAGACUCAAUUACAAACAGCGGACACUGCCGCAGCCGCGCGCCUGGACUAAGGACAACUCACGGAGAUUUGCCUUUUUUAUUACGAGCAAAAGUUUGUUUGGGACAGCGCUAUUUUUCUGUUCGUUUUGAAUGUGAAUGGUCCCCAUCUGAAAACUUUGUGCCUGGACUGCACAUGGCUUCAAAGGGCUUCUAAGGUGGAAUUAAAGUGGAUCAUGUUGUAAAUGCGCGGACCGUACCAGCUGCUCCUCGCACCAUCUGAAGUUUGGCGUUUUUACGCGCGUCCAUGAGACUCGCCAAAAGCUCCCCUCACUUUGAAAGUUGAAUAAUUCAUGAGAUACAAUUCGCCUGCUCCAAACAAGUGACUGUAAAAGGGAGGGGGGUUAUCCACAAACAUAUUCAUAAGGGUUGACGGAAUGGCCACCGCGGCUUCCAAUCCUUAUCUGCCCAGCAAUAGCAUCUUAUCAUCCGGAUCCAUCGUGCACUCUGACUCGGGAGGAGGGGGCAUGCAGCCGGGCAGCGCUGCGGUUACUUCGGGCUCUGGGGGCUACAGGGGGGACCCCUCAGUCAAGAUGGUGCAGAGUGACUUUAUGCAGGGCGCUAUGGCCGCGAGUAACGGAGGACACAUGCUGAGCCAUGCCCACCAAUGGGUGACUUCUCUGCCGCACGCCGCCGCAGCGGCAGCGGCUGCCGCGGUGGCCGCUGCCGAGGCGGGCUCUCCCUGGUCGUCCAGUCCCGUGGGGAUGACGGGCAGCCCGCAGCAGCAGGACGUGAAGGGCUCCAGCAGAGACGACCUGCACACGGGCACCGCGCUGCACCACAGGCCGCCGCACCUCGCCCCUCACCAGACACACGCCGGGGCGUGGGGCAGCACCACAGCCGCGCACAUUAACUCCAUCUCCGGCGGGCAGCAGCAGCAGCAGUCGCUCAUUUACUCACAGCCGGGGGGCUUCACUGUGAACGGCAUGUUGAGCCCGGGCAGCCAGAGCCUCGUGCACCCGGGCUUAGUGCGCGGGGACACCCCGGACCUGGAGCACGCGCACCAUCAUCACCACCACCACCAGCACGCGCACCACGCGCACCACGGCCACAACAGCCACGAGCCGCACUCGGACGACGACACGCCGACGUCGGACGACCUGGAGCAGUUCGCCAAACAGUUCAAGCAGCGGAGGAUCAAGCUGGGCUUCACGCAGGCGGAUGUAGGGCUCGCGCUGGGCACGCUCUACGGGAACGUAUUCUCUCAGACCACCAUCUGCAGGUUCGAGGCGCUGCAGCUCAGCUUCAAGAACAUGUGCAAGCUCAAGCCUCUGCUGAACAAGUGGCUGGAGGAGGCCGACUCGUCCACGGGCAGCCCCACCAGCAUCGACAAGAUCGCGGCGCAGGGCCGCAAGAGGAAGAAGCGCACGUCCAUCGAGGUGAGCGUCAAAGGGGCUCUGGAGAGCCACUUCCUCAAGUGUCCCAAACCCUCCGCGCAGGAGAUCAGCUCACUGGCCGACAACCUGCAGCUGGAAAAGGAGGUGGUCCGAGUGUGGUUUUGCAACAGGAGGCAGAAGGAGAAGCGGAUGACGCCCCCGGGAGUGGGAGCGCAGACACCGGAGGAUGUGUACUCUCAGGUCGGCAAUGGGCAUUUUUUAGUAGAUUACUUAAAAGAUGCAAGUGAGGCGAGCGACCAGAGGGUGACUACCACAAGUUCAUUCCACCAGGUAAUUUUGGCGCAUUAAGGAACCCCAGUGUUGUGCUUCUUCUCUUCUCCCUGUUCCGAUGAUCCCUCCUCAUGUGUGUGUUUAAACAAAGGAGCAGGCUUUUGUAUUUGUAGAAGGGGUUCGGGACUGUGCGCCCCUGCCCGCAGCGAGUGGACACUGACCGGGGGGAGAGGAAGACAUCCGGACGCUUCCAUGUUUCAGCUCUUUGCUUUUUUCAGAGGAGGACAUGUAGCUCCUGCUUGUCCCUCACACACGCGUUCCCAACAAGGAUUAGCAUUUUGUUUUUGUUUUUUCUGUCCCUGAGCCCCAGAGAGAGGAAAGAGCCAGGACCAACCAGGACUGUCCCGCCUGAUCUCAAAGAUCACCCCCUUUCGCUCUUGUUUUUUGAUAAUUAUUAUUUAAAAGACUUUGACACCGUGAGUGGAAUUUUCCUGCCUUUUUCAACAAAUAGAGCAUAAGACAUUUGAAAAGACUAGCUGCACUUAUUUCUGAAAAUGUGUUGCCAAGUGUGACUGGGUGGGUGCUGUGGAUACACUAUAAUGCUGCCCUUUCUAAGCAGUAUUCUUUGGUAGGUUUUAAUAAACAAAACUGUGUAAAGCCGGCAAUAGAGAACACUAGAUCAGAUUCUGGUCUGAGUUAUAUUUACGUUCUAUUUUUCACCAGAAUGACUUGUUUUAAUAUUUUAUUCGGAAUAUGGUAAUUUAUUUUUUCUCUCUCCCAGGAACUUGUUGUGUA